GAGCUCAGCUACGCAUCUGCGCAUGCGCAGCUUUCCUCUCCCUACAUUUUGGGAAGGGCAGCGAUGAUUCCGGCCUUGACCAGCAGGGAAGUGGAUAGGAAUUUAGUGGAUUUCGACUCUCUUUCCUUAUUUCUUACUUCAAGAUGAUGCAUUUCCUGUUGCUGUUCAGUCGUCAGGGGAAGUUGCGUCUGCAGAAAUGGUUCCUGCCCCUGCCAGAGAGAGAGAGGAAGAAGAUUGUGAAGGACAUGACCACUAUGGUGUUGGCACGGAAACCACGCACAUGCAACUUCCUGCACUGGAGAGACCUGAAGAUUGUCUAUAAGAGGUACGCCAGUCUGUAUUUCUGCUGUGGUUUGGAGAACCAGGAUAAUGAACUUCUGGCUUUAGAGAUUCUGCACCGUUAUGUGGAGCUACUCGACAAAUACUUUGGCAAUGUGUGUGAGCUGGACAUCAUCUUUAACUUUGAGAAGGCUUAUUUCAUCCUGGAUGAGUUUCUGAUGGGUGGAGAGAUCCAGGAGACGUCCAAACAGUCUAUUGCGAAGUCUGUAGAGGCAUCAGAUAUGCUGCAAGAGACGAUGGAAGAAUACAUGAGCAAACCAGCCUUCUGACAGCAGCAGACGUGAUGAAAGGUGACAAAAGGGAAAGAGAAAUGCCUCCGCAGUGUAGGUUGUGUCCUUCACUCUGGGCACAAUUUUUCAUCGCAAGUUACAGACUUUAUUCAUGAGGGCUGGGUUAAGAAUUUUUUAUUUAUUGUUUUUUUUUUUUUUCUUUUUCAAUGCUGGUGUAAACAUCCUUAUCUAUUCCACUCAAUUUUAAUAUAACUGAAUCAGGGUUCAUGUGGUAGUUUUGAAUAGAAUCAUGUUUUGUCAACUUAAUGUAAUGCAGAAUUUCAAUGUUGGCUCCAGCAUACAUAUACACUAAAUUUCAACUUUUAUACCAAAAUCAUUUUAAAUAAUAAUCAUAUAUUUGCAAUAACCUUAAAGCUUGGUUUAUUUGAAGUGCCUUCUCAUGUUAUUGAACAUGUUGCAUGUCUCAGGAGACAUUUAGCUCAAGAAGAAAAAAAAACUCUUUUGAAGGAAUAUUAACACACACUUUGUUGAUAUUGUCUUAUUAAAAUGGUCUUUUUGAUAUGA